GAAAAAAGAGCAAAGAAUCCAUGGAUAUGGGGUAUAAGUUGGCGGAGGAGGCGAAGCUACGAGGAAAGCUCCUCCGCUUCUCUGCUUGGGGUUUCCCCUGCCGAACGUUUCCCUCCCCCAGAAAAGGUCCCGCGGACUGGGUGUCAUCUUUCCUGCGACAGCAUGGCCCAAUCGUCGGGGAAGUCGUCACCCAGCGGGCGGUGGGACGAGGAGUGUGGCGGCGGUCGUGGUAGCGAAGACAUCUGCGGUCCCUUCGACAUACCUCCCAAGAAUGCGCCGGUGGAGUGCCUCAGGCGGUGGAGGCAAGCAGCUCUUGUGCUAAAUGCUUCUCGUAGGUUUAGAUAUACCUUGGAUUUGAGGAAGGAGGAAGAAAAGGAGCAAGUAAGGAGGAAGAUCCGAGCGCAUGCUCAAGUGAUAAGGGCAGCAUUCCUUUUUAAAGAGGCAGGGGAGAAGGAGAAACCAGGAAUUCCUGGAGUCCCAACACUUCCAGCUAUUGGUUUUGGAAUUGGACAAGAAGUUCUUACUAAAAUAACCAGGGAACAUGAUUUUUCUGCUCUACAAGGAUAUGGAGGGGUUAAAGGACUAUCAAGUUUGUUGAAGACCAAUUUGGAAAAAGGAAUCAGUGGAGAUGAAGCUGAACUAUUGCGCAGGAGGAACUACUUUGGGUCCAACACUUACCCUCGGAAAAAAGGAAGAAGUUUUUGGGUUUUCCUAUGGGAAGCUUGGCAAGACCUAACCCUUAUCAUCCUUAUGAUAGCUGCAGCUUUGUCAUUGGUGUUAGGCAUAAAGACCGAGGGCAUUAAAGAAGGAUGGUAUGAUGGCGGAAGCAUUGCCUUUGCUGUUAUUAUUGUCAUACUUGUAACAGCUGUCAGUGAUUAUAGACAAUCACUACAAUUCCAAAAUUUGAAUGAGGAGAAGUCGAACAUACAUUUGGAGGUAAUUAGAGGUGGCAGGAGAGUUGAAGUCUCCAUUUUUGAUCUUGUAGUUGGUGACAUUGUUCUCCUCAAGAUUGGUGAUCUGGUUCCUGCUGAAGGAAUUUUUAUAAGUGGUCAUUCUCUUGCAAUAGAUGAGUCAAGCAUGACAGGGGAGAGCAAAGUUGUUCACAAAGAUCAGAAGGCACCAUUUUUGAUGGCUGGGUGCAAGGUUGCUGACGGUUAUGGCAAUAUGUUGGUUUCUGCAGUUGGAAUAAAUACUGAAUGGGGCCUGUUAAUGGCCAGUAUCUCAGAGGAUAAUGGUGAAGAAACUCCUCUGCAGGUGCGCUUGAAUGGGCUUGCUACUUUCAUUGGUAUAGUAGGGUUGACUGUUGCUGUUGUUGUUCUUGUAGUCCUUUUGGUUAGAUAUUUCACUGGACAUACCAAGAAUCCUGAUGGAUCUGCACAAUUUAUAAAGGGACAGACCAGUGCAAAAGCUGCAGUAAAUGGAGCCAUUAAGAUCUUGACAAUUGCAGUUACUAUUGUGGUUGUGGCAGUACCCGAAGGACUUCCAUUGGCUGUUACUCUGACCCUAGCAUAUUCAAUGCGGAAGAUGAUGGCUGACAAGGCUCUGGUGCGGAGGCUUUCUGCAUGUGAAACUAUGGGGUCAGCUACAACAAUUUGCAGUGAUAAGACUGGAACAUUGACCCUGAAUCAGAUGACUGUUGUGGAAGCAUAUAUUGGUGGAAAAAAGAUUGACCCUCCUGACAAUGUGCGGUUGAUAUCUUCUUCUGUAUCUUCUCUUCUAUAUGAAGGAAUUGCUCAGAAUACAACAGGCAGUGUGUUUAAGCCAGAGAGUGGUGCUCUUGAGCUUAGUGGCUCACCUACUGAAAAGGCAAUUCUUCAUUGGGGAUUUAAGCUUGAAAUGGAGUUUGAUUAUGCAAAAUCAAAAUCUUCAAUUAUUUAUGUUUUCCCUUUCAACUCUGAGAAGAAACGUGGAGGUGUUGCAGUACAUCUGUCAGGUUCUGAAGUUCAUGUGCACUGGAAAGGUGCUGCUGAGAUUGUCCUUGCUUCAUGUAUAGGUUGGCUUGAUAUUGAUGGUGCUAUGCAGCCGAUGACUGCAGAUAAGGUUAAUGAAUUUAAGAAGUAUAUUGAAGAUAUGGCAUCAGCUAGCCUUCGCUGCAUUGCUUUUGCAUAUAGACAUUUUAAUCUGGAAAAUAUUCCGAAUGAAGAGCAGAGGAAUGACUGGCUAUUGCCUGAGGAUGAUCUAAUUCUUCUUGCUAUUGUGGGGAUGAAAGAUCCUUGUCGCCCUGGAGUUAAAGAAGCUGUAGACUUAUGCACUCAUGCAGGUGUGAAGGUUCGCAUGGUCACUGGAGACAAUCUUCGGACAGCUAAAGCCAUAGCAUUAGAGUGUGGGAUACUAAAGGAUGCUGAUGCUCCUGAACCAAUUCUAAUUGAGGGAAGAACAUUCCGUGCCAAGACUACUGCAGAAAGAGAAGAAAUUGCUGAGAAGAUACAAGUGAUGGGAAGGUCAUCCCCAAAUGAUAAGCUGCUGCUUGUGCAAGCAUUGAGGAGAAGAGGUCAUGUGGUUGCUGUAACAGGAGAUGGCACUAAUGAUGCUCCUGCAUUACAUGAGGCAGAUAUUGGUCUUGCAAUGGGCAUUCAGGGAACAGAAGUAGCUAAAGAAAGCUCUGACAUCAUUAUAUUAGAUGAUGAUUUUACAUCAGUUGUAAAGGUCGUCCGGUGGGGUCGUUCUGUGUAUGCAAAUAUUCAGAAAUUUAUACAAUUUCAGCUCACUGUCAAUGUUGCUGCACUUGUGAUUAAUGUUGUUGCUGCUUUUUCCUCAGGCGAAGUUCCUUUAAAUACUGUUCAGCUUCUGUGGGUUAAUCUUAUCAUGGAUACACUUGGAGCACUUGCACUAGCAACUGAACCACCAACUGACCACCUUAUGGACAGGACCCCUGUUGGGCGGAGGGAACCUCUUAUUACAAAUAUUAUGUGGAGGAAUCUUAUGGUUCAGGCUUUGUAUCAAAUCACAAUCCUCCUUGUACUAAACUUUGGUGGUAGAAGUAUCUUGCAUUUGAAGAACGAUACUCGAGCCCACGCCGACAAAGUCAAAAAUACCUUUAUAUUCAAUACCUUUGUCCUUUGUCAAAUAUUCAAUGAGUUUAAUGCUCGAAAACCAGAUGAAAUUAAUGUCUUUAGUGGAGUCGCCAGAAAUCACCUCUUUAUGGGGAUAGUUGGCGUAACUGCUCUUCUUCAGGUAUUGAUUAUCGAGUUUCUUGGGAAGUUUACUUCGACUGUCAGGCUUAACUGGAAGCUGUGGUUGGUUUCAGUUGCCAUUGGUAUAACAAGUUGGCCGCUGGCAAUUAUUGGGAAGCUGCUCCCAGUACCCAGAACUCCGCUUGCAGAAUAUUUUAGAAGCUCCUCGGGCAGGAGACAAGAAGAUGAUGGGACGGCACAGGAGAGCUCCACUGCUCAUCCAUAAUUGUGCUCGGAGAUGGUGAGAUGUGAUUACGGCCCCUCUGAUUUCCGGACACCACUGACUGCCACGUACUCUUCGAACUCUGCUGCGGACAUGCUUUAUCAUGGGGAGGAGGAUAUAUAUAUAUAUUAUAU